CAAUCGUUCCUCACGUUCUGUCGUCUAUUUAACCCUUUUAAUGGAGCUUGUGCUAGCUGAUAGUUAUUAAUUAUCGUUCGUAAAUGUUUGUAGAGUGGUUUGAUGGCGGAAUCUGGCCGGGAUGGCGGCCGAGAAGGGCGGAAUCGAGAGUUGGGAAAUAUUGCCUGGCUCAGUUGCCGGGAAAGUUUUGGCGUUUGAAGGCGCCAGGCGAGUUACCUCCGUCACUCAUUCAUUUAUUAACCACAAUUAGGCUCCGAGGAGGGAGCGAAUUUAGGCGAAUUCGCUUAGGUUGUUGUGGAGUUCGAAGUACAGUAGGUCUGGAUUUUUAAGUAGACCUACAAAGCUCAAGAAGAAAACAUCUAUAGAUUUAUAUUUUAGUCAUCUUAUCAAUGGUAACAUUGACCCCCUAAAACUCAGUCUUCAUCAUGCCUCUCCUCAACAAGAAACCUUUCAUUCGAAGGGAGCCUCCGCCAAACUUACAGGACACUGAUACGGUUUUUUACAGCGAUAUCACCAAUGAAGUGUUUACUGAUUAUGAAGAUUACUGGGCAAGGUUAGUCCUCUGCCAUGCUAUGGUUUGGACUUGUGAAUUAACUGGACGUCCAAACUUGACAUAUGCAGAAGCUGUGGAAAGUGAAAAUAGGGCAAGAAAAUGUCUUGCCAAUGUUCCUGAGGAAUUACGAAAGCCAAUGUUGUACAUAGCAACCUUAACUCGCCGAGGACGUUACGUUGACAUGAGUGAUGAUGUUGAAUUACAAUUAGGCAAAAUCGAUGAUGACAUCGAGAUUGUAAAAGUUGUCAGCAAAAAGGAGGAGAAAACCAAAGGAGGUCAAAAAGAAGACGAGGAUGAAGAUUAUCCACCAUUUGCCACUUUUAAGUACGAAGUAAUUGAGGUUGAAACCCUGGGAUCACUACCAGCCUCAGGUUAG